CUUUGUACUAUAGCUGUACCUGCCACCGCCCUCGAAACGACACGCGAAGAUGAAUUUGCAGACUUUAUCGGAUCUUUUUGCAACCACCUACAACCCGAAUCCUAAUGUACGAAAAGCAGCAGAACUGGAAAUCCGAAAGGUCGGUGGGCAAGAGGGCAUGGUGGCAGCCCUCCUUCAGAUCAUUGCCGCCGAUAACGUUGAUCCGGCUACCCGACAAGCUUGCGCUGUCUACCUCAAAAACCGCGUCCGGACCUCGUACUUCGUGGACCCCACAAAUACUCGCCCCGAUCAAGUGCCCAUCGCUCCCUCUGACAAGGAGGCUCUCAAAACGCAUCUGCUGCCUCUCUUGGCAGCUUCUCCGUCUCGCAGCGUGACGAUUCAGCUUUCUGCGACGCUGAAGAAUAUCAUCUCGCAUGACUUCCCCGAGAAAUGGCCUGGAUUGCUGGAUAACGUCAAGAGUCUGCUUACAAGUGGUGACUUGCAUCAGGUCGGAGCCGGCUGCAUAGCGUCUUUGGAGAUGAUCAGAGCCUUCCGAUUCCGACAAGAAAAUAAUGUACUGCCCACCAUCGUACCCCAGCUCUUCCCUACUCUCGUAAACAUUGCCACUGAGCUACUGAAUAACCCGCCCAGUGGGGCGUCGCCGGACACUGUCCCGACAAUGCUUCAUCUCAUCUUGAAGACGUACAAGAACAGUAUUGUUCUCCACCUCAGCCAGCAUCAGCAAAGUCCGGAGAGCAUUGUACCUUGGGGCAGGUUGUUCUUCCAGGUUAUAAACCUACAGAUACCCAAGGAGGCUGUUCCGGAGGAUGAGGAAGAGAGGGAGAGGAGUGAGUGGUGGAAGGCCAAGAAGUGGGCAUAUGGCGUCCUUGGGCGACUCUUCCAUCGGUUCGGGAACCCUUCGCAGAUGCCGAGUACGCUGAAGGAAGAGUACGGUGCUUUCGCGGAGCACUUCAUGAAUACCUUUGCCCCGGAGAUCUUCAAGGUCUACCUCCAUCAGGUCGAACUGAAUGUCAGCGGCCAGGCGUGGAUCUCGCCUAAAUGCCAGUACCAGAUUUUCACUUUCUUCACCGAAUGCGUCAAGCCCAAAUCUACUUGGCAACUUCUCAAACCCCACUUCCAACAGCUUGUGUCGACGUUUGUCUUCCCGCAGCUGUCCUUCAAUGCUGCGAAGCAGCAGAUGUGGGACACGGACCCGGUCGAGUAUAUUCGUCGCUCAGUGGAUGAGUAUGAGAAUUUUGACUCGCCCGUGUCCGCUGCUACAUCUUUCCUGUUCGCCCUCGCUGGAAACCGUACGAAGACUACGUUUAUGCCUAUUCUCGCAUUCAUCAAUCACGUUCUGAAGUCAAAUCAGCCUGCACCGCAACGCUUUGGAGCGCUGAACAUGACUGCGGCAUUGGGUACUUUCAUGAUGAAGCACCCUGAAGUACAAAAGAGCAUGGAGCAGUUCAUGAUGCAACAUGUGCUACCCGAGUUCUCGAGUCCUGAGCCUUAUAUGAGGGCCAUCGCCUGCGAAGUCCUCGGGACGGUUGAGAAGUCGGGGAUUACUUGGACAGUUGAAGAGAACUUGAAUCGACACUCUAGGGCGGUUGCAUCUGCAUUGGAUGACCCUGAGCUUCCUGUCAGAGUGCAAGCUGCGCUGGCAUUAACGGAGAUGAUCACUUCUCACCAAUCCGUCAGAGAAGCUGUGGCUCCUCAGGUUGAGAAAGUCAUUCAAGAGCUCCUCAAGCUAUCCGAUGAAACGGACCUCGAUAUCCUCAACAACAGCAUGGAGACAAUGGUCGAGUCGUUCCAGGAUCAACUGCUCCCGGUAGCUGCGCAACUCACAGCUCGUCUAUGCGAAUCAUAUAUGCGACUAGUGAAAGAGAGUAUGGCUCAAGAACAUGUCACUGGCAGCGACUUGGAGUCGAUCAUGGAAAGUGAGGGCGAUGAUGACAAGAUCUUCGCUGCUAUGGGCGUGGCCAAGACUAUUGGAACCGUUGUAGCUGCUGUGGAUUCUUCGCCGGAUAUUCUUGCUCAAGUCCAAGAAGUCGUCAUUCCCAUCAUCACCUUCACUCUGGAAAACAGGCAGCUUGACCUGUUCGACAACAUGUACGAUCUUGUCGACAGUUUGACCUUCAAGUUGCGCAGUAUCUCGCCGAACAUGUGGCGGGUAUUUGAGUUGACUUACCAAGUAUUCAAGUCGGAAGCGGUUGACUUCUUGGAUGAAAUGCUGCCGUCCCUGGACAACUUCGUUUCCUACGGCACGGACGUCUUCAAGGCACGCGCUGACUACCGUCAGAUGGUCCUGGACAUCUAUACCACGUCGAUCAACAGUGCACAACUCGGCGAGAAUGACCGUGUCAACGGUUGCAAACUCGCAGAGUCUAUGCUGCUGAAUCUUCGUGGGCACAUCGACGAUGCACUCCCAGUUAUGAUCAAGACCUCCGUUGACUUGUGGGACAAGACAGAGACUUCGGCCCUUCGCUUGGCCAACCUGGAGGUCCUGAUCAACGCCGUCCUAUACAACCCCUCGGCGGCAUUGCACCUGAUGGAGAACUACAAGCCAGGCACUUCUCGCUCCUUCUUCGACAAGUGGUUCAAGGCCAUCGAGUCCGAGAACGGUCUUCCUCGCGUGCACGACAAGAAGCUUACCAUAAUGGCAUUCUGUGCGCUUAUGGAGAUGGAUACUGCUACAGUGCCGGAGACGCUGAAGGAAGGUUGGCCCACCGUUCUACGAGGAGCCUUGAAGACGUUCAAGGAUCUUCCCAAAGCGAUUGCUGCCCGUCAAGCACUGGAGGAUUCCUACGAUGAGGGUUCCGAUGACGAUGAGCUUAUCGACGACGAAAAUAUCUUUCACGAAGCUGAAGAAGAUGAGGAUGUGUUUGACGAAGACACGGCGUACCUGGAGAUGCUGGCGAAGGAGGGCCAGCGUCUGCGGGAAAAAUCAAACAAGCUGGCGAACGGCGAGGAUGUCGAAUCCGAGUUUUCCGAUGAUUCCGAUAUAGACGAAGAGCUUGGUUACAUCAGCCCGCUUGACACUGUGGAUCCUUAUGCUUCAUUCAAGCAAGCCUUAACGAAUUUCCAGAUGAAAAACUCGCAGGCCUACCAGGCCGCUACGACUGCGUUGGAUGUCGAGCAGCAGACGUUGCUGAUGGAGGUGAUGCGCGUCGCUGAGGGCGGUAGUCAAUCUUGAGCCAUGGGUGUUUUACGGGUGAUUGGAUAGAACCCGAUAUUAUUGUCGACUCUGUUUUCUCGAUGCACGAUUGUGUUACGUCCCUCAUGCGAGCAUCUUCUUUCCUCGUGUUUUGUAGACUUGGUGCGAAUGAUAUGAGAGAGGCUUUGAGGCAGUUUUCCUUUGUUGAAAUGUUUCGUACCGGAUGGCAUCACAGGAUACUGACAAUGUAUCACCUACUAAUUACCCUGCUUAAUUGCGACGGUUACGAC